UUUCAUUUAUUCCACUGACUAUAUAACUUUAACGCUUUACCUAAUAUUUAUAAGUUCUGGGUACCAAUCCAGAUAUUUUUGCACAUACUAAUUGUAUAUUUCCAACAAAGAUUGUUCAAAUGGAAUAAUAAACUAUGUUAUUUUGGUUUUCUGGAUUAUAUCAUACCAAAUUCUUUUGUUCCAUAACAAUUCUUUCAUUCAAUUAUCAGUGUUUACUGGAACAUAAUUUGAUGCUAUACCACAUUGUCGCACAACGUAGUCUAGCAAUUGUUUCGUAACAUACUUUGAAGGAUGUAUACAUGUCUUGAAAUGGACUAAUUCUGGUAAAUUUUGCCAGAAGUCUGAAACUCUUCAUGUUAUCCAGGUAUUUAGAUUUUGUUUGGCAAAGUAUAAAGCAAGCCAAUGGUUUCUAGUCUGGUGAAACCUUUCUUUUAAAAGAGUCAGCAGUGUUGUUUUCUUCCAGGUCAGUCUGGCCAGGAAUCUAGACCAGAGAUAAUUUAUUGAGGUGAGUCUCUUUCAGCAGUUCACUACCAACUCAAGACUAUGCUCGUUGAAAGACUAGAGUUCCCUGGAACAUUCGUCAUCUUUCUCUGCAUUUUAUGUCUUGCUUUGUAGUGAAAAUCUGCUUCAUUCAAAACAAUUCAUCUAAAGAUGCCUGGUUUUCCUAUUUCCACAGUACUGUAAACGAUUGGCUCAGUUGAAAGAUGGUUUGUUGAGAGUUUUUUCACUCUAAUCUUGAUUUUUCUGAAAAAGUUACUCCACUCAACUUUUUUCGAAGCCUUGAAUUCUAAGACAGUUACUAGUAGAGAAAUCAUCGAUAGGACUCCAGGACUUGUCGCAUUUUACUGUUUUUGACACAUCACUAAAGGUGACACAAUCUGUUCUACAAUUUUUUUCGACUUAGAUUAUAUCAAAUGAGUAUUUCUAUGUUUGCUCAGAUUCCGGAAACAGGACUACAAUCAACAUGGAGCUUGAAUGUUAUGACAAAGUUUUAAAGGAUAUCAGUUAUCUUGAGGAAAUUGGAAAAUAUCCAAUUUCAUUGAAAUAUAGAAUAUUAUGGAGAAAAGCAAAGUGCUACGAAGCUCGUGGAGAUUUUGAAGCGGCGGACAUAUAUUACGAUGAAGCUCUCAAAUUAUUAACUGAGAACAACAAUUUAACAGAAGAAGAACUCCAGAAAAAAGUGGAAGCUCUUAAAUCUUGUAAAGAAAAUAAAAAUAAAAGAAAACAAGUGUCUCCAACUUCAACAUCCAGUUCGAGAAUUAUUCGAGACAUCGAAAAGUUUAAGGGAAGCAAAAAGUAUCCUUCCAUCAGUCCAUUCGUUGAUAUUAAAUUUGACGAUCGCUUAGGAAGACAUGCAGUAGCUAAAAAAGAUAUUUCAGUGGGGACUCUUAUCGUUAAAGAAGAUCCCCAUGUGGCUUUGCUAGACAAGGGCCGCAGUUUGACUCAUUGCCAAGUUUGUUUUGUAUAUGUUGAUCAGCUUAUCGUCCCUUGUUCCACAUGUACAAAUGUUGUCUUCUGUAGCAGUGACUGCAAGAAACAAGCGGACGCAUCUUUUCACAAAAUUGAAUGCCCAAUUUAUCCAACCCUCAUCAGCAGCUUCGAUAAGCUGAUGUCUUUAAGAAUUCUUACUCAGAGAGGAUUUGAAUUUUUUGAUGAGCAAAGAGAUAAAUUGUUGAGCGACUUAGAAUUGCAUUACCAAGGUUUAACUAAAAAAGAAGUUUAUCAUUCUGAUGAUUAUGAUAAUAUGUUAUUCUUGUAUCGAAAUGUUAAUCAAAAGUCUAGCGAGCAGUUAUAUCUUAAUGUAGCAGUAUAUUUGCUCCGCAUCUUAAAAAAAACGGACUUUUUUCCUUUUGAAACAGAUGACAAAGUUCUUCAUGAUGAAGAACUCUUCAUUGGACGACUCAUUCUCAGACAUUGCCAGCUGAUGGCUUGUAACGUACAUGAAAUAACUCAACUGAAAUAUCCCGAUUACAGCCUUGUCCAGAAACAUGCUGGGGAGAAGAAACAAUUAGUCGAAUCUAUUGGAGUUGGAUUAUUUCCUACUUUUGCAUUUUUCAAUCAUGCGUGUGAACCAAGUAUCAUCAGGUACAGUGAUAAAAAGAGAAUGUUGGUGAGAACAAUAAAACCGAUAAAGGCUGGAGAUAUUAUUUAUGAUAAUUAUGGCCCGAACUACUUAUUCAUGAAACUGCGAGAUAGGCAGCAAAAUCUAAAGACCGACUUCUUUUUUAAAUGCACCUGCACAGCAUGCGUAGAGAAAUGGCCUUUGGCUUCGAAUUUGGAAACAGUUCUAAAGAUUCCCUGCAAAACUUCCACUUGUGAUUUUGUGUUUUCUUUAACACGUACUAGAAGACCACGACGUUGUGUGCUUUGCCGCAAAGAGCUUACUAGUGCUCAUAUCAAGGAAACCACCGAGGCCAUCGAACGUCAUUAUAAUAAAGCAGAAAAGUUGUUUCACGAACAAAAAUUUGAUGAUGCAUUGAAAGCCUAUAAAACUGUGUUAGACAUCAAGUAUGCCCACACUAAACGCCCAGAUCUAGACAUAGUCAGAGUUCAAGAACGGAUGGAGCAUAUUUAUGCCAGAAAUGGAAAUGUUGCCCAUUCCAAAUAAAUGAUGAUUUCUUUUAUGAUCCCGAAAUUAUUACUUGUUCGUGUUUAUUCAUUACUUAUGUUCAUGAAGUGUUUUUUCAUAUCAAGCAUGUUUCACGUUUACUGGUUCAUAAAUCUUGUCGUUAUAUUUGUUUGUAUUGAAUUGAGUAGUUUGUGUAGUGUUUUAGAUUUCCUGUUUAAUCUGUAUUUACUGAUUCAAUGUUCAAUAUGUAUUUUAUGAAAAGUUCUCAAUAAAGAAUCACAAAAACAUC